AUGGAAACUUCGAUGAAGACACCACCACCGUUGACAUUCGACGGCAACACAAAGGAAAAAUGGAAGAAGUGGAAACAGAAGUUCGACCUUUACAUGAAAGCCACGGAGCUGGACAAGAAAGAGGAAGACCGCAAGGUAGCUGUGUUUCUGCACGUAAUCGGGGACGAGGCACUCGAAAAAUAUAACACCUUUGGACUAAGUGAGGCGGAUGACAAGAAACUCAAUGCAGUGAUAAAAGCAUUUGAGGAUUUCUGCUCCCCGAAAGCAAACGAGACAGUGGAGAGACACGUGUUUUUCACGCGCGCGCAACAAAGCGGUGAAAAUUUUACGAAUUACUUAACAGACCUAAAAACGCUAAGUGCCACAUGUGGUUUUGGUCACCUCAAAGAUAGCCUAAUAAAAAACAGAGUAGUCUGUGGAAUUCGCGACUCCGAACUGAGGAACCGUUUACUGCGAGAAGAGAACCUAGAUCUGGAUAAAUGCAUACAGAUAUGCAGAGCAGUAGAACUGGCAGAUAUGCAAAUGAAGACGAUUGGUGAAGAUUCGAAAAUACACCGACUAAAAAAUGCUGUGUUAAGAGAAUUAACAAAGAAGAAUGUGCAGUGGAAUUGGGAUGAGAACGCGAACCAAGCCUUUGUAGAAUUAAAAGAUUUACUAUGCAAAGCACCAGUCCUACAAUAUUACGAUGUACAAAAGCCAGUAGUGUUAAGUAUUGAUGCGUCCAAAAAUGGCCUAGGGGCGGUAUUGUUGCAAAACAGCUUACCUGUAGCUUAUGCGAGCAAAGCAUUAACUCAAACAGAGCAAAGGUAUGCUCAAAUUGAAAAGGAAGCCCUUGCCAUAGCGUUUGGCUGCAUAAAAUUUGAUCAACAGAUAUACGGCAAGGAUAUUUUAGUUGAGACAGAUCACAAGCCACUAGAGGCAAUAUUUAAAAAGUGUAUAAAUGACUGUCCGGCAAGAUUACAAAGCAUAAGGCUCAGACUACAAAGAUACAACAUCACAGUUAAAUACAAGCCUGGUAAAGAGUUGUUCUUAGCAGAUGCGUUAUCCAGAGCCUACUGUAUCCACGAAAAAUUGGAUCUAGAAAAAGAAAUUGAAACACAAGUUUGCUUAGUUAUGGAAUCCUUUCCCAUAUCGCUAGAUAAAAAAGAUCAGUUUGUUAAAGAAACAGAGUCGGACGGUGAAAUGCAAAUGUUAAUGGAAAACAUAAGGCUAGGUUGGCCCACUAAUAAGAGGCAGGUUCACAGCAUUGUAAAACCAUAUUAUAACUACUCAAAUGAAUUAAGUAUCAUAGAUGGCAUAAUAUUCAAAGUGGAUUAUUUCAGCAAGUAUGUAGAAGUUGCUAAAUUGCGAGACAUGUCUAGUAGUUCGGUGUUAGCCGUAUUAAAAUCACAAUUUGCUAGACAUGGCAUUCCGUACAUUGUAUAUUCAGAUCCUGGCACCCAACUGAACAGCGUGGAAAUCUUAAAGUUUGCCAAAGAUUGGAACUUCACCUGGAAAACGUCCAGUGCAAAGUAUUCUCAAUCAAACGGAAUGGUUGAAAGGCACAUAGGCACCAUCAAAAGAAUGUUUAACAAACUGGAUGACGAUCCAGGUAAAGAUCCAAAUCUGGCAAUGUUAGAAUACAGAAAUACACCGAUAGGCGAGGGAUUAAAGUCUCCCAAUGAAAUCAUGUUCG